CAGUCCUUUAUUGGCUCGCAACCGACGCGCGCGCUUCUAAAUGUCAAACAAUUUUAUACGACACAUAGUUCCGCCAGAUAUUCAUAGAUAGCGGGUACUGUAAAUUAUACAAGCAAAUAAUUUGAUGUUAAACGAUGGUCCACGAAAACAUACAAAUCGGUUUGGAGAACAUGAACGAAACGGAGGCCAGUAAUAUAAAUGGACAAAAGGAGGUUCGUAAAGGCAAUGUUACUUAUGGCAUUGACGAUAUACCACCUUGGUAUCUCUGCAUCUUUAUGGCUCUCCAACAUUAUCUUACGAUGAUCGGGGCCAUAGUAGCAAUUCCUUUUAUCCUGUGUCCCGCUCUCUGUAUGGAGGACACCGAUCCAGAUAGAUCUAAUAUUAUAUCCACCAUGAUUUUUGUUACAGGUCUUAUAACUUGGCUUCAAGCGACAUUCGGGUGCCGCCUGCCGAUAGUCCAGGGUGGGACGAUAUCCUUCCUAGUGCCCACGUUGGCCAUCCUAGGUCUGCCUGCGUGGAAAUGCCCAGAACAGACCACGCUAGCUGCUAUGAGCCAGGAGGAGAGGAGAGAGGUCUGGACCAGUAGGAUGUGUGAACUGUCUGGCGCUAUUGCCGUGUCAGCACUGUUCCAAGUCUUCGGAGGUUACUUCGGCUUGAUCGGCUCGCUGCUGCAGUACGUGACGCCGCUGACGAUAGCGCCGACGGUGGCGCUGGUGGGGCUCACGCUGUUCGACCACGCGGCGGCGGCGGCGUCGCAGCAGUGGGGGAUCGCGGCGGGGACGUUUAUAUUGUUGACAAUAUUCUCUCAAUGCAUGGGUGAGGUGAAGAUCCCCGCAGUCGCCUGGAGGAAAGGAGCCGGGUUCACCAUCAUAUGGUUUCCGUUAUUCAAAUUAUUUCCCGUACUGUUAACCAUCGUGAUAAUGUGGGCAAUAUGUGGGAUACUGACGGUAGCGGGCGCGCUGCCGCCGGGCCACCCCGCGCGCACCGACCUCAAGGUCAAUAUCAUUGAGGACGCGCCGUGGUUCCGCGUGCCCUAUCCCGGGCAAUGGGGUGUGCCCACGGUAAGUGUGGCCGGAGUCCUGGGGAUGCUGGCCGGUGUGCUGGCUUGUACUGUGGAGUCUAUUAGCUACUAUCCCACUACCGCUAGGAUGUGUGCGGCUCCCCCGCCUCCACUGCAUGCGAUCAACCGCGGUCUCGGCACGGAGGGGCUCGGCACCGUGCUCGCGGGGCUCUGGGGCUCCGGCAACGGGACCAACACGUUUGGGGAGAACGUGGGCGCCAUUGGGGUUACUAAGGUAGGGUCACGUCGGGUGGUCCAAUGGGCCGCGGGUCUGAUGAUAAUCCAGGGGGUGAUCGGGAAACUUGGUGCGGUGUUCAUCAUCAUCCCGCAGCCGAUCGUUGGUGGACUCUUCUGUGUUAUGUUCGGGAUGAUUUCAGCUUUUGGUCUCUCCGCCCUCCAGUACGUGAACCUGAACAGUUCCCGGAACCUAUACAUCAUCGGCUUCAGCCUGUUCUUCCCGUUGGUGCUGACCCGGUGGAUGUCCACCCAUCACGUCAUCGAUACCGGCCUGGAGCCGCUGGAUGCUGUGCUGCAAGUGCUGCUGUCCACAUCCAUUCUGGUGGGCGGCGUGGUUGGAUGCGUCCUGGAUAAUCUGAUUCCUGGCACUCGGGAAGAGCGCGGCCUGGACAAGUGGGCGCAGGAAAUGUGCCUGGAGGCGGGCGGCGCUGGUGCGGGGGACACUUACGACUUUCCCAUUGGCAUGAGUUUUAUACGAAGGUGGAAUUGGACAACAUACUUACCAUUUAUGCCAACAUAUGAAGCUGGUAAAUUCACCGCGUUGUUCAAAAGGAAAAAGGAAAGCUGAAAUAUUGAAUAAUAAAUGGCUGGAAUUGAUUUCCGAACGAGAAGGAAAGCAGAGAUACAUGUUUCUCGGCGAUAUUUUAUUAAUUGUAUAUUGUAUUAAAUGAUUAUGUUUC